AUGAUUUCCCAAAGAUAUUCAUUAACCCAUUACUACCACUCAGCCAAAACCUUGGCAACAGGAAAUUUCCCUGUAGUUGUCAAUCUUUAUGUCGAUUAUAAUUGUCCCUACUCGGCCAAGAUCUUCCCCAAAUUUUAUAACACCGUAAUUCCAAAAUUAAAUGAAAAAUAUCCUGGAAGAUUUCAAUUUGUAUAUGUCAAUGUUAUCCAACCAUGGCAUACUAAUUCCAACCUUGUCAAUGAAUUCGGUAUCGCUUAUGCUAAGUUAUUACGUGAAAAUGCCAAUGAUUCAGUUGAUUCAAAUCGCGCUUUUUGGGAAUUAUCCAGAGUUUUAUUUGAAAAGAUUGAAUCCUUUUAUGACACUUCCAAUAUUCAAUUAACUAGAAAUGAAAUCUACGAACAGAUCUAUGACGUUGUUUCUAAAGAAUUGGAAUUGGUUUUCCCUAGAGAACAAAUCUUGGAACAAUUGGUAAUUAAAUCAUCUGAAACCCCAAGUAAUGAAGGAAAUGCAACUGCUACUGACGUGAAAUAUUUCACAGGAUAUUUGAGAGGUGUUGGUGUUCAUGUCACUCCUUCUGUUAGUGUUAAUGGUAUUGUCAGUGAUGCUAUCUCUAGUGGUACCCCUGAAGACGAAUUAAUUCAAAUCUUCGAAGGGGCGUUAUAG